AUGUGGAAAAAACAUUUUGCCUUUUGCCUUUUAUUUUUGGCUGUCGCAACAGAUCAUGUAGCCUAUGGACAAAACAGAAAGAAGGGACAAAAGCCAAAUCCUCUUGCAAGAAAAGAUGAUUUUCAGGAUCCUGUGUGCUUCAUUGACAUGGUCUUUAUCUUGGACAGUUCUGAAAGUGCAAAAAAUGCAUUGUUCAGUGAGCAGAAAGAUUUUGUUAACAACUUAAGUGACAAAGUUUUCCUAAUAAAACCUGGUAAAUUCCAGAAGUAUGAUGUCAAACUGGCAAUCAUGCAGUUCAGCAGUACAGUCAAAAUUGAGCAUUCCUUUGUAGCCUGGAAAGACCUAAAUAACUUUAAGCAGGAAGUCAUGAAAAUGAACUAUAUUGGGCAUGGCACCUACUCCUAUUAUGCAAUUUCCAAUGCCACUCAACUGUUUAAAACUGAAAGUCGUAAGGGAAGUGUAAAAGUGGCUUUGUUGAUGACUGACGGUAUUGACCAUCCAAAGAGUCCUGAUGUCCAGGGGAUAUCUGCAGCAGCCAGAGAUCUUGGAAUAUCAUUCAUUACCAUUGGACUGUCUAGUAAAAAGGCCAAUAAAUCAAACCUACAUUUGAUAUCUGGGAAUUCUCCUAGUGAACCUGUUCUAAUCCUAAAUGAGCCUAAUCUCUCAGAGAAAAUAAAAGAGCAAUUGGUUGCCUUAUUUAACAAGCGGUGUGAGCGGAAGUCCUGUGAGUGUGAAAAGGGAGACCAGGGACCACCCGGCCCUUCUGGAGGACUUGGUAGUCGAGGGGAUAAAGGUGAGCAAGGACCAAAAGGAGACAAGGGUGAUUCUCAAAAAGGAGAAAGUGGAGAAAAAGGUGAAGAGGGAGAUCCUGGCAACAAGGGAGAAAAGGGUGAAAGAGGAGAAUGUGGGACACCAGGGUUAAAAGGGGACAGAGGUUUAGAAGGCCCUCUUGGACGAAAAGGACCGCGGGGACCACAGGGAAUCAGUGGACCUCCAGGCGAACCAGGUCCAAAAGGUAUUCAAGGAAAUAAGGGAGAGCCAGGUCCUAGAGGUCCUUAUGGUCCCAUCGGACUCCCUGGUGUUGGACUUCAAGGACCUAAGGGUGAUAGAGGCCAGGAAGGAAGAAUUGGGCCUCCAGGACCUAUUGGAAUUGGUGAGCCAGGAUUAACUGGGCCUCGUGGUCCUGAGGGUGUACAAGGGGAAAGAGGGCCCCCAGGAGAAGGCAUUCCAGGCCAGAAGGGUGAAAAAGGCCCAGAAGGCCCAGCAGGUCCAAUUGGAAUAGCAGGAGAAUCAGUCAAAGGUGCUAAGGGUGAACGGGGCCCUGAAGGACCACAAGGGCCUACUGGACAACCUGGAAUCGGCAGUCAAGGAAUCCAGGGUAUCCAAGGUCCUAAAGGUAUACCUGGGCCAAAAGGGUCUCGAGGCAUGGGUGUGCAGGGUCCAAAGGGAAAAGAAGGUGAAUUGGGACAAAAGGGGGAUCCAGGACCACCAGGAGUUGGAGUACCCGGACUGAAAGGAGAUCCAGGAACACCAGGAAUCCCAGGAAAAACAGGAAUGAUAGGACUAACUGGAAACAACGGGAAAAAGGGGGAACAAGGAGUGCCUGGCUUAAGAGGCCCAGAAGGACCACCUGGGAAAGGAGAUGUUGGCCAAAAGGGUGAUCAUGGAGAAAAAGGAUCCCAAGGGGAUGCUGGUGCUAAAGGAUUACAAGGGUCUCCAGGACCAAAAGGUGAGCCCGGAAAUAAAGGCUCAGUUGGUAACCCUGGACCAUCGAUUCGUGGACCGCCUGGACCAAAGGGGGAGCCAGGAGCAAUUGGGCUACCAGGAAGUGAUGGAAAUCCUGGAGAUUCAAUAAUGGGACCAAUGGGUAACCCAGGACUAACUGGAGCACGUGGGCUACCUGGACCAAAAGGAGAUGGCUAUCCAGGUGCACCAGGACCUCCAGGGCUGCCAGGCUCUCCAGGACCAAGAGGCCCAAAAGGCACAGGAGAUCCUGGACAAAAGGGAGAGCUUGGAGCAAGGGGACUGCCAGGACCUUCUGGGCCUAGGGGAAUAGGAAUAUCUGGUCCAAAGGGAGCUGUGGGACAGAAGGGUUUGCCAGGUCCACCUGGCCCUCAAGGGGAUAGCAUACAAGGAAGCAAGGGAGAACAAGGACUUCCAGGUUUACCAGGACCUAGGGGUUCAGAGGGAUAUGGGCUCCCUGGCUCAAAGGGAGAUUAUGGGGAGAAAGGUGAUCCAGGAAAGAAAGGUGACAAAGGAGAUAUUGGAGAACCAGGACCUGCAGGACCAACGGGGUUUGUGGGAAGAAAAGGUGAACCUGGUCUUACUAAAGAAGAAAUUAUCAGACUUAUCAUGGAAAUAUGUGGCUGUGGCGUCAAAUGUAAAGAAACUCCACUGGAACUUGUAUUUGUGAUUGACAGCUCAGAAAGCGUUGGACCAGACAACUUCAGAAUUGUCAAAGAUUUUGUGAAAACACUCAUUGACAGGGUAACGGUCAACCAAGGUACAGCCCGCAUUGGCAUUAUCAACUUCAGCCACAAAGUAGAGCUGGUAUCGACUCUGCAGCAGUACACGAGCAAAGAUAAGGUGAAACUUGCUGUUGAUAAUAUGCAGUACCUAGGGGAAGGCACUUACACAGCUGCAGCUAUCAGCAAAGCCAUUGAGAUAUUUCAGGUUGCACGACAAGGGGUAAGAAAAGUGGCUAUUGUAAUAACAGAUGGACAAGCUGAUACUCGUGAUCAAAGCCUGGAUGUCGUGAGGAAUGCGCAUGCCAUCAACAUUGAGAUAUUUGUAAUUGGAGUGGUUCAAAAGACUGAUCCUAACAUUCAGGAGUUUCUGGAAGAAUUGCAACUCAUUGCUACAGACCCUGACAGUGAACAUGUCUACCAGAUAGAUGACUUCAUCACACUCCCAGCUCUUGAGAAUAAUCUCUUCCAACAAAUCUGUGAGAAUGACUCCAGCUCAUAUAUCACCAGAGUCCUCAGUUCAUCUUCAACUCCUCACCCUGGAUUUGAAACACCCAACAAACGUAAUAUUGAUCAGUUUGGUAAAACUCAGACUCCAGAACUUUAUGUCCCUCCACCUACACAAGAAACUAUCAAUUUUCUGAGCCCUCCAGAGACUGACAGAGAGACAGAGCUGUUGUCUUCCUCACUGGAUUAUACUGCUAGCACACCUUUUCAAAGGAACAUUCCUGAUAGUCACAGUCAACCAGUGACCUCUUCUCUUUAUGGCAGACCUGAUGACUUGGAAACUAGAGCUCCUAGUCCAGAUGUAUCUCUGCCAUUCGGUAUAAUCACAGAUGUAGAAUGGCCUUCAACAGUUUUGAAGCCUCAAGUAAUAGCAACUAGAAAAGAUCCUAGGUGCUUGGAGCCUAUGAAACCAGGAGACUGUCGAGAUUAUCUGGUGAAGUGGUAUUAUGACAAGGAUGCCAAUUCUUGUGCCCGAUUUUGGUAUGGAGGUUGUAAUGGCACCAGAAAUAGGUUUGAUACAGAAAAAGAAUGUCAGGAAACCUGUAUUCAUGGAUGA